AUGGCUUCAUCAGAAGCCGGGUUUUACACAUUCGAGGCUCUUGAUAUUGAUGGAAACAAUGUCUCUAUGGAAAAGUAUAGGGGCAAGUUUAAAAGCCAAGAACCUGGAAGCAAUGCUGAAAUCAGAGAAAAUGUGCGCAACAAUUUCGGAAUCACAUUUGAUUUGUUCAGUAAAAUUGACGUAAAUGGUUCCACGGCUCACCCUCUCUUCCUUUAUCUUCAGAACCAACUUAGGGGUAUUUUGACCAAGUCGAUUAAAUGGAAUUUCACCAAGUUCCUUAUUGAUCGAGAUGGCAUCCCUCGAAAACGCUACGCACCAACGACUGAUCCUCUGUCUUUUGAGGAUGAUAUCAAGGAACUUCUCUAA